AUGGCUUACCUCAAGAAGUUCCCAAGAGAGCUUGAUUGGAUCAUCGUUGUCCUCAGAAUCGGAUUCCUCUUGAUCCUCAGCAGCGGCAGUCUCAUCGGAGACUGGCUCCUCGGCGGUUUCGCCUUCAACAGCCUCCAUCUCGAUAUCCUCUGCCUUUUGCUCUUCCUCGACAACCUUGUCAUCUCCUUCCAUCUUCUCGACAGCUUCCUCCGUCUUUUCCGUCGGCUCUCCAGUCUUCUCCUCCUCAAUCACUUCAGUGUCUUCGGAGACCACACCGAGAGCAACCUCCACAUUGUGCUUGAUUUCAGCACGCUCUUCUUCUGGAAAAAACCAUUAAGAAUCACUCAAUCUAAUUUUCUGUACUUACAAACGAGUCUAAACUCACGUGGCUUCGGGAGCGGUCUCCUCGGCAGUCUCCCCCUCCAUUGCCGUCUCGUUGGCUUCCUUCUCGACAACUUCAGAAGUGACGACGGUCGUCUCAACGACAACAGUCUCGUGAUAGUUUCGACGACAGUCUCCACAACAGAGGCAACGGAUUCCUCAACUGGAGCAGCCUCCUUCUCCUCGACUGUCUUCUCCGACUCCUUGACUUCCUCUGAAGUUGUCGAGUCAACGACGUUCUCAGCGAGAGUCUCCUUCUCAACAACGGUGGUCUUGGUCUCCCCAACGACUUCGGUGACGACUUUCGUGAUAUUCUCCUCCUUCUCCUGGGCAAUGGUGUUAGUAGUGUCGGCGAGAGUCAUCGUCGGGGAAGAGAACGAAGGAAAUUUAGGAGAGAAGCAAGGGAAAUCGACGAAAUUUAUGACGAAAAUGUCCGGAUUCGAUCGCCACAUCACAAUCUUCUCGCCAGAGGGGCGUGUCUAUCAGGUUGAAUACGCAUUCAAAGCAAUCAACACUACAAAUCUGACAGCGGUCGCCGUGAAAGGAAAGGAUGUGGCUGUGAUCGCCGUGCAAAAGCGUGUCCCAGACAGUCUCGUCAUCAGCGACUCGGUCAGUUCGAUCUAUCAAAUCUCGAAAACCAUCGCGUGUUGCGUCAUCGGCAUCGUGCCUGACGCCAAGUUCCAAGUGAAACGUGCACGAUACGAAGCUGCUCAUUUCAAGUAUGCGAAUGGCUACGAUAUGCCUGUCGAUCUGCUGGCCAAGAAGGUAGCUGAUCUCAAUCAGUAUUACACACAGAACGCCGAGAUGCGAUGUUUGGGAAUUGGUAUCAUCUUCAUCUCAUUUGACGACGAAAAGGGACCAGAAGUGUAUCGCAUCGACCCAGCUGGAUAUUACCGUGGAAUGCGUGCAGUCUCUAUCGGAGUCAAACAAGGACCAGCCACCACGUGUCUCGAGAAGAAAAUCAAGAAAAAGGAGUUAUGGGACUCCACACAUCCCGCCGAAAUCGCUAUCGAAUCUCUUCAAACCGCACUGGGAAUCGAUGUUCGUGCCAAGGAUCUCGAAGUCGUCGUUGUCAGCAAGGACUCGAUUCACAAUUUGACUGGCGAAGAAAUCGAACAUUACCUCAAUCUCAUUGCCAGUCGUGAUUAA